AACAUUUUUCUUUUAAAACCUAUGAAGAGUUUAAUGUGUUAUUAAAUAAACGUUAACUUCGUGUUUAUUAAUGAAUCAAUUAUAAUGAAUUUAAAACAGUUUCGAAGUAGUUAUUGAAGUUGCAUAAUCAAAUUACAAUGGAUAAUAUAUAGAUAUGUAUUUUUUAUGAAGUUACAGUCAAAUACUUAAUCAAAAAUGGAAUAUUUGUUGUCAAAGUUUCUUAAAAAAGAACCAAAAAAAGAAGUUACUCUUGAAGAUCUACAAGCUGUUCUUUUACGUACUCAAUCUCCAAUUAAAAAGUUCAAUACCACAAAAGGUGAUUAUAAUGAAGUUUACCCAAAGAUAUAUGUUGGAGAUUGGAACACUGCAAAAAAUCUUAAUUUAUUGUUAUCAUUGGGUAUCACACAUGUAGUAAAUGCUGCUCAAGGUGUUGGUUUUGGCAUGGUUGAUACAAAUGAACACUUUUACCAUCCAGUUAAUAUUCGAUACAUGGGCUUAGCUGUAUGUGAUGAUUCCAAUGUUGCGAUAAAUGAAUAUUUUGAAAGUGUAUCAAAUUUUAUAGAUGAUGCAUUGUUACAAAAAGGUACCGUUUUAAUUCAUUGUAUAAUGGGCAUUUCAAGAUCAGCAACAAUUGCAAUUGCAUAUUUAAUGAUUAAAAAAAAAUUUAGGGCUAAAGAAGCUCUAGAAAAAGUUAAAAAAGCAAGAGAUAUACGACCCAAUGAUGGAUUUCUUAAACAACUUGCUCAACUUGAUAAUGACAGAUUACAAAAUACAUUUGAUCAUUAAAAUUGGUGCUAAAACAUAAAAUUAAGGAAAAAAUAUUAUGCGUAUCUAAUUAUUUUGAUAUUAACUAUUUGGACUAAUAUUUUCUAGAGAUGUCCGUAUCUUCACUUCAUAUAUCUGUCAAAUGAUGUUCCAAUAAUUGAACCAGCUAAUACAUCAGUGUAAUGAUGCAUAUUAUCAGUAAUUCUAGUUAAUGCUGUAUACCAUGCUGGUAUAAAUGUUGAAAAUUGAAUGAUAACCCAUGCUACACUUUUCUUAUAAUCGUGUAGGUGCAACUUUGAAACAUAAGUAAAUAAUAUAUUUUUA